CUCAACAGAGAGCAGCUGCCAACAUUGCCAGGGCCAUGGCAUCUUCCAUCAGUAACUCCUCUACCUUUCGCUCAGAGCAUUUUAGCACCUACAGCUCUGGCAAGCCCUGCUUUGAACCCCUGCUUGACCCACCCCAUGGGAUCUUCAGUACCGGAAGAGCCCGGGAGUCCUACGGAUACUCAGGCUCUCCCUCGUCUCCACAUCCCUCUUCUCUGGGCAGCAGCAACGUCAUUGCCAGUGGGGACAAAUACCAGGUCAUGGCUGAUGUCAGCCAGUUUGAGCCUCAAGACAUCGUGGUGACUGCCUUCAAUUACUGUAUUGUUAUCCAGGCAGAGAAGGUAGCAGAAGAUGGAACCAUUUCCAACACCUUUACCCACAAGUGUCAGCUCCCGCCAGACAUGGAUCCGUUGUCCAUCAGUUGCUCCCUGAAUGACUCUGGCACAUUGAUCAUCACCGCCAAGCGACAGCAGUUGACACCCCCACCAGUCUAUCGCACAGAGAUUAAGCUCUAAGAUUCCCUCUUUGUCACAGCCAGAAAAAAAGUCGGCCAUAAGUAUAUAUCACAGUUUAUGUUGUGUAACAUUAUGCAUACCUAGCUAUGUAGCAGAAGUGCUAUAGAACCCUCCUGUUGUUGUUGCAUGUCUUUGAGUCAUUUCCAACAUGGCAAUCCUAAGGCAGACCUAUCCCAGGG